AUGGAUGAAGAGUUGAAUCAUGUGAUUGAUGAGAGUAGAGCUAAUUACUUGGAUAAAGAUAAUUAUGAUGUAAUUGUUGUUGGAACUGGUUUUGUUGAAUCUUUGGUUGCUGGUGCAUUGGCGAGAGUAGGUAAAUCAGUAUUACAUUUAGAUCAAAAUUGUUACUAUGGUGUCAAUUGUAGUUCAUUCACUUUGAAUCAAUUAAGUGAUAUGUUAACAAAGCCAAACGACGACAGCACUACUGCUUCUGUUGUUCAACCAAUUCUAAAGAAUCCUUAUAUCUAUUAUCAGCAACCACCAACUCCACCAACACCUGCACAACUACCAACACAAGUUGAGCAACCAACACCUGUUGAACAACCAGUUGCUACAGAACAACAAACAACAACAACAACAACAAAUGUAGAGGAGUCAACAACAUUAGAUACAAAUGAUACUUCAGUAGAAUCAACUACAACAACAACAACAGCAACAAUAACACCAGUAGUUGAAAAAGAAAAAGAAAAAGAAACAGUAAAAGAUGUAUUUAAAGUUGGUAGACAGUUUAUUAUUGAUUUGUUCCCAUCUUUGUUGUAUGCCAAGGGUGCUUUGGUUCAGUUGUUAAUUUCAUCGUCGACCUCGAAAUACUUGGAGUUUAAGACACUGGAUAAGAACUACCUUUAUGCAAAUGGAAAACUACAUGCCAUUCCAUCGACAAAGGGUUCGAUCUUCAAAGACAAUACAUUCUCAUUGAAAGAGAAGCGUUAUAUUAUGAAAUUCAUUGAAUCCGUACGUUCCAUCGUAGGUGACAAUAGCUCUACUGAAGAGAAUAACACAGAAGAACAAGAAAAACAACAACAAACAGGUGAAACACUAGAGUCAGUAACAAAGAAAUAUAAAAACUUUGUUGAAUUUGUAAAGAGCUAUCAGAUGUCAUCGAACGUUGAGACAUUCAUCUUGUAUGGCAUCUGUUUGAUUCAUCCGAGAUCGGUAGAGCAAGUCACCGUAGAGGAAGGUAUUCUUUCGGUUCUAUUAUACAUGACAUCGUUGCUUGUCUAUGGUGAAUCACCAUUCUUGAUUCCAUACUAUGGUUACGGUGAUAUUCCCCAGGCAUUCUGUAGAUUGUGUGCUGUCUUUGGUGGAACCUUCGUACUUGACCGUACCAUCGGUUCGAUCAACUUCAACGAAAACCAAUACACUGGAAUCACCUGCUCAGCUGGACAGCCUCUCACCUCCAAGUAUCUCAUUGCAUCGCCAUCCGUACUGUCUCCCUACAUCGAAGCGGCCAACCUCCAACCCCAAUACACAAAAGAACAAUAUUCUAGAUGUAUUUUAAUCACUGAUAAAGUAAUUGUUAAUUCCAGUGAGUGUUCAUAUAUUACUAUACCACCAAAUUCGAUUGCCGGUAACAAGUCAACUAUCAAUGUCUAUCAGAUGGAGAAUAUCUGUGUUGCCAGAGGUUAUGUUUUGAUUCAUUUCACUACUCUCUCGAAUGGUGCAACUGCACGUGACGAUCUAGAGGCUGUCGUCGAGACAUUUGCAAAGAAGGGUUGUUUAUAUAGGGAUAUAGAUGCUGACUCUAACAGCGACGCUAAAGACUCUAGACCCAAUAUCAUUUGGUCUGGAUACUUUAAUAUGGAUUUGAACACCUCUAUCGUCAAUAACAAAUCGCCACUCUCUGAAUUGAUGCCAAAAGGUAUCUUUGUUAGCUCGGAUUCACCAAUCUCUGCGUCAAUCGACUACCAAUCACAAAUUAACGAGGCUAAAUCAAUCUUUUCAAUGAUCGUACCUGGUGUACCAUUUUUAGAGAAAGUACCCGAUUCUGAAGAUAUCAUUUGGAAUUCAGAAGAAGAGCAAUCAGCAACCACAAAUGAAACAACUACAACUACAACUACAGCUAAUACUGAUAAUUCAAACUUAACCGAAUCAAAUAAUAAUGAUGAUAAACAAGAGUAA